AUGGAGGUGGAGCUAAGGAAGUGGCCCAAGAAGAGGACAGAAAAUGAAGGCGAAGAGGGUGGAAGAGCGGAUCUCCCAGUUAGAUGUUUCUACAAAUGGGAGACACAAGCCAGUAACGCCAGCGAGAAAGGAGCUUGCAAAGGGCAGUGUUUGGAGAAGGUUCUUGGGAGGCUGUCGGAGAUGAGCUUUUCACUGAACUUCACGCUGCCAGCUAACACGGUGAGUACAGCAGUCCACAUUCGCCAGGACUGUGGACCCUCUCUUGGCUUAGCAGCAGGCAUCCCAUCCCUGGUGGCCACAGCCCUGCUGGUGGCUUUACUAUUUACUUUGAUUCACCGGAGAAGAAGCAGCCAUGAGUCCACAGAGGAAACUGAAAGGCCAUGUGAAAUUUCAGAAAUCUAUGACAAUCCCAAGACAUCUGAGAAUCCCAGGAGAUCACCCACACGUGAUAACAUGAUGGGAGCACAAGAAGCCCACAUCUACGUGAAGACAGUAGCAGGAAGUGAGGAACCCAUGCGUGACACUUACCGUCCUGCUGUAGAAAUGGAGAGAAGGAGGGGAUUGUGGUGGCUUGUGCCCAGACUGAGCCUGGAAUGAUGCAGCUCAGUCAAGGAGCAGACCUGGAGCUGGAACAGGACUGAAAACCCAAGGAUUUGUGCUGGGAGAGAAGAGAUGCCAAGCUGCUUCUUAACCAAACCAAAUUUCAAUUACAAAUGUGGAAAAAUUUUGCAUUUGUUUGUUUCUUUAGGGGACAGCUCCAAUAAGGUUCAUUCCAAUUCUCAAAUCUUGUAGUUUAAUAUGCAGUGAAGCACCAGGUGCAUCCAGAUAGAGCCCUUUGGUCCUGUUCCUGACCCUAGUGGGAAUUAUCUUUUCUUUGUGAUUUUGGGAAAGGGAAUUGUUUUCUCAUUGUCUUGUCUUCUCAUCUUUUCUUCAUAUCCCUCUUCUCAAAAAAGUCAUCCGACCUGGCUUCUAUGGGAAGGUGAGCCAAAGCCAGCCUGGUACAAGUUGGGACAUAAUGAAAUUUACAGGGGCAGUGUGAGGGGAAGCAGUUCUUUAUUUCUGAAUAUUGCAGAGUAGAAAUCAUGUGGAGCCACACAAUCCCUGACCUCAGGGCAGCACAUGGCUGGAUCAUGUCAUACAGCAGUGGAAAGAACAUGGACAUACCUGUCACUGAGCAGCUGUAUGGUUUUGGAGAAUUAGUUUAAUUUCUCCAAACCUCAGUUUUUGCUUCUGUAAAAGAGGCCAUAACAUUAUUUGCCUUAUGUGAAAAGAUUAAAUAAGAAUAAAAGGGACGUGUUUGCCACUUAGUAGACACUAAAAUUGUUAGUUCUCUCUCCCUACAACCUACCUCCUCCCUCUUCCCAUAUAGCUUGUCUGAUAGUCAUAUGGCUGAUCACCAGCUUUUGUUACCCAUAGUCAUAAGGUCACUGAGGGAACAUGUAUGGCAAACUUUCUACAUGGCCUGUAAUCCAAAGUGCUGAUAUCUAAAGAUGAUUCUAGGUGUCGCUAGUAAUCCGUGAAACUUCAAAUCUAGAUGUGACCCUGUCUUUAUAUGUUAACCAGGAAAAACCAGGUUCUUACAAGUUCUGAAUUCCAAGUAGAUAGACUUGUGAUAUUACUUUUAACCUUCAAGAUGUCGAAGUUGAUGUAGAUUCAUGUUUCAUAAUAAAAUGACAUUUUUUUCCCUUA